AUAACAAAACGAAAACAUAAUCAUAUGGUGUGGUCUGUGGUGGUGGUGUGGUGUGGUAGUUGUUAAAAGAUUUGUCUGUCACCGGGAUUUGUUUUAUUUUACACAAGUUACAAAGUUACAAGUUACAUUUUUUCAUUCCAUCACGAUUCUAUAUCAUCUCAUAUGACUUCGAAUUUCGCAACUAACAAGUUUGGACGAUAAAGUUUGGACAUUUCAUCAUAAUAGCACCUUAUUCUUAACGGUUUCUCCGAUAUCAUUGUACGCUAUCAAGUCAGUCGUCUCUUCAGACUUUGAAGUUUUGAACUAGGCAUAAUAAGUUAAAUAACGUUCAGUAGUAGGCUAGUACUAGCCUAUUUUAUUUGUCAUUUCAACUUAUGCCGAAGCUUGACAUGGAUUAAUCUCACAUCUACACUUAAUAAUGUAUCUGAUGUUUCCAGUUAACAUAUUGAAGUCAAGCAAUUUAGUUACAGGUUGCUGCAAAUGUAAAUUAACAAUGGAACGCAACAAAAAAUUGGGAUGUCUUGUUCUGAACCAUCUCCAUUACAGUACUACUGUGCCAAAAAAUAUCCUUCCUCCAAUUUACAUUUUGAAUAUAUCGACACAGCAUCAAAAUGCUCCCUUCAGGACAUGCCUUACCAGUAAACCAGAGGUAUCUGUCAGAUUUAGUCAUCAUCAAUAUAUUAGGACUUUUCAAACUACCAGCCAUUUGUUUGGGGAACCCAAUAGACCCUCAUCAAAAAUUGAAGAAACAACUGAAGCAAUUAAAGAGAAAGCCAAAGAGGUAUUAACAGAAAAGAAAUCAGAUGUAGCUAGUGCUGUACCUUCUGUAAAUAAAGAAACAGUCAUUGUGAAGAAGUCCAUUGGUCAAAAAAUAAUGGACGAGGUUCGUCAUUAUUACCAUGGAUUCAAACUACUCUUUAUUGACAUCAAAGUCUCAUCCAUUCUUGUAUGGAAGGUUCUGAACGGAGGUACAUUGUCAAGGAGAGAAUACAAUCUGCUGAUAAGGACUGUUGGAGACAUGUUCAGAUUAGUUCCAUUCUCAAUAUUUAUCAUUGUCCCAUUCAUGGAACUGCUUUUGCCAAUUUUUAUCAAGUUUUUCCCUGGCAUGCUCCCUUCUACAUUCCAGACGUCUACUGAAAAGGCAAAUAAAAUGAAGCAGUCACUAAAAGUGAAGCUGGAGAUGGCCAAGUUCUUACAGCAGACUCUGGAUGAAAUGGCUGUUACUAGCAAAGGUCAUAGUUCCAAAGCUGCCAAAGACUUUGUGGAAUUCUUCCAUAAGGUGAGAACUGAAGGAGGAGGACUUGCAAGCAAUGAGGAAAUUUUAAAGUUUUCUAAGCUUUUUGAGGAUGAAAUAACAUUAGAUUCACUAACAAGAUCUCAGCUGAUGGCAUUAUGCAGGGUACUUGAACUUCAACCAUUUGGUACAACGAAUUUGCUCCGCUUCCAACUGCGAAUGAAGCUUAGAAGUCUUGCUGCAGACGAUGUUAGGAUAAAGGAUGAGGGGGUGGAGUCACUGACACAGGUAGAGCUACAAGCUGCGUGUCGCGCGAGAGGUAUGCGCGCACUUGGUAUGUCGGAAGAGAGACUGCGUGCGCAGCUGUCACAAUGGCUGGACCUCAGUCUCAAUGAGAAAGUGCCUCCGUCACUGUUGCUGCUGUCACGAGCGUUCCUGCUCCCCGAGACAAUCACUACGACGGAGAAACUGGUGGCCACCAUAUCUGCGCUACCUGACACUGUUGCUACCAAAACAAAAGCAGCUAUUGGAGAACGAGAAGGAAAAAUUGAUAACAAGGCUCAGUUGGAUUUGAUUCAAGAAGAAGUUGCCAAGAUACAAGAAGAGAAGAAGGAACUGGAAGAGGAAACCAAGGUGGCUGAAAAAGUAGAAGUUUUGGUUGACAAAGCACCAAUUUUGACUGACAAAGCAACAGUACUAGCAGAUAAACCGAAAGAAGAAAAGGAUUUAUCUGCUAAAGAUAUCGGUGAAACUUUAGAAGAUGCUUUAGAUGCUGUAGGUAAGGGAAAAAAGAAGAUGAUAAUAGAAAAAGAAGAGCUUGACGACUUAAAGGAAGAAAUGAAAGAUUACCAAGAGGAUGUACAGAAUUUGAAGGAGGUAUCAGAGUUGGCGAAACAGUCUGAUGAAGGUUUAGAGGUGAAGGAGUCCAAGGCUGCUAAGAGACUGUCCAAGACUGUUAACAAGAUGAUCUCUAAAAUGGACGCUGCUCUUGCUGAGCUGGAGAAGAAAGAGAAAGCAAAAAAAGAAAGUUUACGAAAAGAAGUCACAAAUGAAGAAUCGACUACUCCUACUGACGAGUUGCUGCAGGUGGAUGAACUAAUUCAGGCACUACAGGAGUUACAGAAUGUCUCUGAUAGUUCUCGUAAACAGACCAUCAUUGAAGUUUUGGCUAAAAUUGACAUUGAUAAGGAUGGAGUUAUCAAAGUUGAUGAUCUGCUCAAGACGCUCAGUGACACUGACGUAACAGGACCUGCAAAGUGCCCAGAGAACCCUACAUACGACUUGCUCAGUCUAAGAGAAAGUGAUGCUUUGAAAGCUCAAUACCCGAGGAAUAUUUGGACCACAGUUGUGGAGGUUAUAGGGAGAGAAAAUAUUAAACUGAACCAGAAGCAAAUUGAUGACGUAAUUGAGUUGAUAAAGAAAGAAGAGAAGAUUGAAAAGAAGGAAGAAAAUAAGAAUGGAGAGCCAAAAAAUGGAGGCAAUGAGGUUUCCGAUCCUACAGCCAGCAAAAAUGUUGGGAAAAAAGUUGAAAAUUCAAAUCAAAAGGAUACCAAACAAGCAAAUGAAAGUAUUCAAAAAAUAACUGUUGUUGAAGAUUUUAUUCUUUCUACGGGAAAAGAAACAAAGGAUAAAAAGUUUGACAUCCCCCUCCCUCCAACACCAGAGGAAGUCAUCCCACCAUCAUCACUGGUAUCCAGGGAGGCUGUCAAGGGAACACCUAAAGCGGCAGAUGCCAAGGAUUCACUUAAAAAAUCAUGAUUUAACGUAGAAUGAUUAUUUAAGUAUUAUUUGUUGUAAAUGCAUUGUUUAACAUACAAAAUAGAGUUUCAAAGCUACAGUGCUGGUUUUUUGCUACCUCUUAAAACAAGCUAUGUAAUUUAGAGAACAAGUAUUUCUCCAACGGAUGAAAAAAUAUGCUUCUGUUUCCAUUGGUACAUACAAUUUUUUCACUAAAAAAUUAACUGGUAAUAAUAGUCAAAACAAAAUUCUGUAAAGUACUUCAACAUCAUCAAGUGGUAAGCUUUGAGAAAAUAUGUUGGAGGAACAAAACUUUAAUAGCAUAAUACAUAAUUCACAAAGUUAUUUAAAUGUAUAUAAUGAUACUUGGUGCAUUAUUAUUAAGAUUGCAAUGUGAUAAUUUUUAUACUAGUGCUGAGACUUUUUGUGAAUAGGUGUAACUAUUUGUUUUUGUUAUAUACAUGUUCUUGAAGCCCGUAAUAUAUUUUAUUUUAACUGUUUAAUUAAAGUAGUUAAAACUUGUUGA